UUUGAUGGAAAAACAAAUUGGCGAGAUUUCUAUACACAAUUUAACAUGGUUUCUCGGGUGGGAAAGUGGUCUCCUCAGGUCAAAAGUGAACAGUUGUUUAGUCUUUUGAGAGGUCCUGCCCUGGCAGUUGUAACAGACAUGCCAGAAUUAGAUCAAGAUGAUUUUGAUAAAGUCAUGUUAGCUUUACAAGAAAGGUUUGAUCCCCCUCACCAGCAAGAUCAGUACAGGGAUUUACUCACUUGUAGAAUAAGAAAUCCUGGUGAGUCAGUGACUGAUCUGGCUGCUGAUAUUAGAAGAAUGGUUAAGUUAGGUUAUCCAAAAGCAGACCUUGCAGCCAGGGAAGACAGGGCAGUAGAUGUGUUUAGAGAUGCCCUAAAUGAUGAAGCACAUGAGUGGGCGGUGCGACAAAGUAAUCCCCAAACUUUACAAGAAGCUCUUGCAGCUGCUCUGAAAUAUGAGUCCCAUAAACAAAAACGACUUAGAAAAAGGGGUGUGGUAUCCCAGGUUAUGGCUGUAAAUGUAAGUGAGGUCCCUGUCACUGUAGCUAAAAGUCCUGAUUUGAGUAGCAUUCUUGAAAGGAUAGAGAAGCUUGAAACAAAUUCAGACCGGCAAAAGCUCUUCAAAAAUCCUUGUUGGAACUGCGACGAAGUUGGGCACAAUGCUAAAACAUGUCCACGCCCCAAAAAUGCUGCAAAGAUAAAUCAGAAAUUCAAAGAGUAUAAUGAUAGAUCAAAAAACUUGAAAAAGCUGAGUCAUUAG